AUGUCCGUUAACCAGGGCGACAAGUCCGUUAUGGGCAUGCCCGGAUUCGUCGUUGACUUCCUGAUGGGUGGUGUUUCCGCUGCUGUCUCCAAGACCGCUGCCGCCCCCAUCGAGCGUAUCAAGCUCCUCAUCCAGAACCAGGAUGAGAUGCUUCGCGCCGGUCGUCUCGACCGCAAGUACAACGGUAUCAUGGACUGCUUCCGUCGUACUGCCGCCUCUGAGGGUGUUGCCUCUCUCUGGCGUGGUAACACUGCCAACGUCAUCCGUUACUUCCCCACCCAGGCUCUUAACUUUGCCUUCCGUGACACCUACAAGUCCAUGUUCGCCUACAAGAAGGACCGUGAUGGAUACACCAAGUGGAUGAUGGGUAACCUUGCCUCCGGUGGUGCUGCUGGUGCCACUUCCCUUCUCUUCGUCUACUCUCUUGACUACGCCCGUACCCGUCUUGCCAACGAUGCCAAGUCCGCCAAGGGCGGUGGUGACCGUCAGUUCAACGGUCUCGUUGAUGUCUACAAGAAGACUCUUGCUUCUGAUGGUAUUGCCGGUCUCUACCGUGGUUUCGGUCCCUCUGUUCUUGGUAUUGUUGUCUACCGUGGUCUGUACUUCGGCAUGUACGACUCCAUCAAGCCUGUUGUCCUGGUCGGUCCUCUUGAGGGUAACUUCCUUGCUUCCUUCCUUCUCGGCUGGACUGUCACCACUGGUGCUGGUAUCGCUUCUUACCCUCUUGACACCGUCCGUCGUCGUAUGAUGAUGACCUCUGGUGAGGCCGUCAAGUACAACUCUUCCUUCGAUGCUUUCCGCCAGAUCGUCGCCAAGGAGGGUGUCAAGUCUCUCUUCAAGGGUGCUGGUGCUAACAUCCUCCGUGGUGUUGCUGGUGCUGGUGUCCUGUCCAUCUACGACCAGGUCCAGCUCAUCCUCUUCGGCAAGAAGUUCAAAUAG